AUACUGAGUAAAGGCAGCGGAGGGUAUCCGCCUAAGGCUGGGUGGUACAGCCGCAGUGAGUACAGUGGAUUCCCAAGUCUCAGUUUUGAGGAGCUCCCCACCCCCAUCUCUUGAAGUUACCGGCUGUGGGAAGAGGUUGCCUGAUUUCUGGGGCUCCCGGCGAAGUCUGUUCUGUAGUCUAGAGGGCUGGGGUAUCCUCCUGUGAGCACUUUCAGUUCUUUGUGAGCGCCAGAAACCGAGGGACUCUUGCUGUCUACCUGCCGCCCAUGCUGACCGGCCCUUUCCCAUAUUACUCUAUUGAGGUAAUGUGGAAGAAACGUGAACACUAAGAAAUGGAAACGCUAAGAGGGAAUGCUCCCAAAUUCAUUUUAAUUCUUUGCUGUUUUGUUUUGCUUUCAACAUUUUUUAAAUUUGCCAACAUUUAUUAAAUUUCUCUAGUGUGUUCACUGAGGACUUCUUGUGUGCCGCCUUUACCAUGAGACUAGCACAUAUACCUUCUUAGAGGUCAUCACCGCUCGGGUUCAUUUUCGGAUUCUUUUUUCUUAAUGCUAUUAUAUAUUCAUUGAUUUAAGAUAUAAGUGUAUAUCAUGAAACCUGUAACACAUGUUCCAUCCUUGUCUGUAUACUUACACGUGAGAUUCUUGGGGCGUUUUGAAUGAAAAUGAAAAUAUAUGCUUCAUGAGGAUUGUAUUGUAAUCAUGAUUUACUCAACUAAAUAUUAAAGAACUUAGAAACGUACUUGCGUAUUUCUUCGAUCCUGCAAACUAAUGAAUCGUCAUCAAUAUUUUUAUUAAGCCUAUCCGAGAAGGCCCACUUCUUGUUCAGUGGAUGAUGGCAUUUGAGCAGAUACCAAAGAAGGAUUGGUACAGCAUUCUGGGGGCAGACCCAUCUGCAAGUAUGUCAGACCUAAAACAAAAGUAUCAAAAACUCAUAUUACUGUAUCAUCCAGAUAAACAAAGUGCAGAUGUGCCAGCAGGAACAGUGGAGGAAUGUAUACAGAAGUUCAUCGAAAUUGAUCAGGCAUGGAAAAUUCUAGGGAAUGAAGAGACAAAAAAGGAGUAUGACCUGCAGCGGCAGGAUGAUCACACUUUUUCUCUGAGUUGCCGAUGUGGUGGAAAAUACAGUGUUUCCAAGGAUGAAGCAGAAGAAGUUACCCUGAUUUCUUGUGAUACAUGUUCACUAAUAAUAGAACUCCUUCAUUAUGGCUGAAAUUGUUCACUAAAUGGGAUCCUUUAACUCUGUAUUCAUACAUGUUGAAGAGCACCCAUUCAAGUAAAUGUAUAAAGCUGAUAAAAAGAAGCAGGAUUCUUUUUUUGUCAGCUCUUUUAUUUGCAGAGAAAAUAGAAGACUCAAGCGAGGGCCACCCUAGGUUAAUAGAAAAUGAACUCAGUUAUUUAUAUGUAUUUAUAAUUUAUAUUUGUAGAUCACACAAAAAAAAACUUGAAUUAUAAAUUAUAUUUUGUGAAUUCCCAUCUGAGAACUUUGUUCUCCCAAGGAGAACAUUUUCUCCUUGGUACAAAAUAAGAAUUUUCCUUUUCUUCAAAUAAGCAUGUCUCCUCUUGUUAAGCGUCACAGUAUCAUCAUGUUCCUUUAUAGUUACUAAGUUUCUGAAGUAACAUGAAAUUUAUUUGUGCUAAAGUUAUCAGCCUGUUGUACAAGUAUCUCAAAUUCUCAGGCCAUUAGAAUUAAAUUAGAAUCUUUGUGAAUAGCAUGUGAACCUAGUUGUCUCAUAACUAGGACUGGAUAUGGAUAUUCAUGAAGUUACCUUCAGGAAGGUAAAGUGGCAACUGUGGAAAAGACAGCUUUGGAGUCAAAAGACUUGACUCCGGUCCUGGCACUAUCUUCCCUGAGUCUUCGUGUGGCUACAUUAAAGGGAGUAAGGCUUGAACACUGCCAUCUUCAACUUUAAAUGUAACUUAGGAAGUGGCAGUUUUUUUUUAAAUAUUAAUUUGAAACAGAUGCAUUGCUUUCCUUUUUAUUUCAAAGUCUAAGAGUAUUAAUGUCUCCAUUUAUGAAUAGAGAACCACUACAUUGCUGGUAUGACCAAAUGGACUUUUAUAAUGUUAUUAUUGAUUAUAAUACUCUCUAAAGAUUUUAUUUUUCUUUGCAUUUGAUAAUCUAUGUACAGUAUAAGUCAGAACUCAUUUUUAAAAAAUCUGAGAAAUCCUUUAUGGGAUCACUGAAACUUCAUUACCUAAUUUCAAAUGAGUGAACCAAGCAUGUGACUUAGCAGUUUUUUAUUAGGUUGAACUCCUGGUAUUUAUUAUUAGUUUGGACUUACAAGACUAGUUACUACUCUGACUUGUAAAUGUAGCUAAAGUAUAAGGCAUAUUCAAGAGAUUACUUUCAUCAUAGCUAUAAAACCAAAAGUUCAAAAGUGAGGUUGUCACCCAGGUUUUUUCCCUAAAAAUAUUUUUAUAUUUAUCAUAAAAUUUAGAGGACUU